GACUGCUCAUAGGUAUUAAUAUUAGCGAGAGGGUUGUGGUUGAUCGUGUUGAUUUACUGUUGUGUCGUUGCAAUUUUCAGUAUCUUAAAAUUAGUGGCUUGUUUGUUUCAUUUUUUAGUAGUGUGUGUUUCUUGACAUACAUAAAAAAGAAAGUAAAUUGUAUGUUAUUUAUAUUAUUAACUUUGAUAUAUCAUGGAACAGAAUAGUACUAGUAGUAAUACUAGUUGUAAGCAAGAUGUAGUAGGCCUAAGAUCGCCAUAUUAUCAGCUUCCUUCAGCAAAACAGCGACAAUCUGAACGGAUAAAAAGGCUUCGAGAUUUACAUUUAAAACGUAAUGAAGCACGUAAAUUGAAUCACCAAGAGGUUAUUGAAGAAGAUCAACGCAACAAGCUUCCACUAAAUUGGGAAAACAAAAUAAAGUGGGCUGAAGUUAAACUUGAAGAGGAGUUAAAAAGACAAGAAGCUGUGUCAAGAGGAGAGGAUUAUGACCAAGUAAAACUACUUGAGGUUGGAGCAGAUGAUGCAGAAAAGUGGGAACGGAAAAAAAAGAAGAAAAAUCCAGAUAAAGGUUUCUCAGAUUAUGAAGCAGCUACAGCACGGAAAUAUCAUCGAUUUGUGAAACAACUAAAGCCUAAUAUGGAGGAAUAUAACAAAAAAAAAGAGGAAAUGGGUGAAGCUUUUUACCCAGGACGUGACACUAUCAUUCAUGGAAUGCAUAAAGAUACCAAAGAAUGUGUAGACAGAAUGGUUGCUGAUCUAGAGAAACAAAUUGACAAAAGGUCAAAAUACAGUCGCCGUCGCAGAAUAGAUGAGGAUGCUGAUAUUGAUUACAUUAACGAGCGUAACAUGAAUUUCAACAAAAAACUAGAACGGUUUUAUGGCCAAUACACAACAGAAAUCAAACAGAAUUUGGAGAGAGGUACAGCAGUGUGAAAUCUUUUAUGAAACACCAAGGGGAGUAAAUUUGCUACACUAAUAUAUAUAAAAACAGAUCAGCUUUUUAGUAACUGGAAGAAAAAAAAGUUACACUGUUUCUGACUGAAGUGCAAACUAACAUUCUGGAAUAUGUUUUGUAAUUAGUGUAGUUUUUUUUCUUUAAGGGUAAUUAUUACAUUCAAGAUCACACAGCACAUGAUACACAGUUAUUUUUUGACUGUUAUAUAUAUACACCUUACUAGGAGGAUAACUGCUACAAGAAUGAAUAAAAUCUGAUUUGGAAUUAGUAUCACCCAAAAGCUUAUUGUGAUCAAUGUUUUUUGAAUUUGAUUGUAUUGAAGAAAAUUUCAAGAAAAACUCGAUAAAAUAUUUAAAUAGCUGAAAGUACCUAGUAUAAGCCAAUAAAGAUUUUUACCCAGA